GCACCUCUCAAAGAAAGGGGGAGUACAAAACGUUAGCCAGAGUUAUGAAAGAUACUGCCGGUAUUUUGGAGCUUCCAAUUGACGAUCUGUUGGCUAAACGAUAUGAGAAGAGAAUGAGGAUGACUGUCCAAUCGAGAUUUCUCGGGAUGACUCGCUCGUCAAGAAGUGCGGCACUGUCAGCUGGUGGUUCGGUCUGUUCUUUGGAUUCCCGAGAUUCUUUUUUGGAUUUGUCGGAAAAUGAAACGGAUGACUCGGAUGCGGCCAGCAACAGGUCUUCGCCCAUCGAAACUGAAGACGACGAUACUUUCAAUUUUCCUGAGUUAAAUCCGAAUCUUUUGGCAAAAAUUGAAGCCGCGAAACAACGUUGGAGAGUAUUUUUUGAUUCCCGUCGGUGGAACCCGUUAUCCGAAGACGAAAUUUCAGAUCGUGCCUGUGAAGAUUUCCCUUCAGAUGACGAUUACGCUCCGUCUUCCUGUUGCGACGAUUCGGAUUUCAGUAGCAUUGAAAACCAAGCAGAUGAGAGUGAAACAGAUGGCCGAUCGGAAACAUAUUUUGACUCUUCCCUUUAUCUUGCAUCAGAAGACUAUUCCGAUGCGCCGAGUCCUCCAGCUUCCUCGUUUUCGAGUGUGUCUACCCCUUUGUUGCAGUUUUCAGGUGCGCCAAGCCAACCGAAGGAAGUUAUUCGGAACGAAGAUCGUUAUCCUCUCAUGGAACUCGUCAGUUUCAGCGUUCGUAGCAAUAGCUCAACAGAUGACAUUGCCGAGAAUAUCAAUCGAGUUAUAAAAAAGCUCGAUGUUGACAUGUAUUGCGCUAAUACUGCCAUGAAGCCCAGCAGUAUGGAACAAGAAGAAGAGGAGUAUGUGGUCGAAGAAGAAAUCGAAAUCCCUCAAGAAACAUUAGUCAAAAGAACUAGCCAGAAUUACAGCGCAACAUCUGGUAUUCAGCUAAGCAGCUACGCGUGUGUAUUGGAAGAAAACACCGACCGUCCAGAGCUGUCUUUCGGUUCUAAUCUAAACAGAAUGAAGGCGAAGAAGAAAAAUCGACUCAGCUGUUCAUCAACGAAAACCACCCAACCCCCAUUUUUCACCCCCACUGCCAAUAGCUGGUUCUACGCCUAA